UCUUUCUCUGGUUGUACAGUACAAUAUAUAGACGAGAUGUGUUCAUGCAGUGAAGAUACCGUACGACAGACUGGAAUGCGGUGAGCAGUUUUCGGGGGAGAGCUGGGGAAAACCCAGGCGGUGAAGCCCGCAGCUACGCGGCGACGUGAAAAACAUAAGGAAGCCUGGAGAGCCGAUGGUUGUUGGACGUUGUGAAAUUCUGGGCUGACCCGAAACGUGAAGCAAAAUCCAAGUCCUCUCCACAACUCCAGCACAGUUUCACCCGAGACUAUGUAUCAAACACCAAGUGCCCCCAGUGCAAGGGGUUCGGCUCGUGAUAAUCGCAAAGACGAGGGGUCCAAGUUCAAUUCCGAGUGUUUGGAUUCCGGAUUCCUUUCGGGAAACUUGGACUCUGCGAGCUGCAUCAUCGACAGUGACGAGGAAUCGCCGCCAGUUGGUGGAACCCGGGUGAACAUCAGUGGAGUGUCCGAACAGAGCUUUGACAAGUGCGUAGAUUACGAAUGUCUGGACUCCGGCUUGAUUUUGGAUUCCGAGUCUGGUAUUUUGGAUGAAACUCUGACCGAAGAGAGUGAGUUGAAAGAGGAAGAUGCCUUUGCUCUAUUCCAAGAAGCUUUUUCUCCGGACGAAGAUGGUGACACUGUUCUUCAUUCCGCCAUUUCAGAGGGCUUCAUUGCGGCCGUGUUCAGUCUUGUUCGUCUCGCUCCUUCAGGAAAAUACUUGGAUUUGAAGAACAACUUGUCAUUGAGUCCAGUUCAUUUGGCAGUGCUGCGAUCGCUACCAUGGGCAGUUCGUCGACUCGUAAUUGGAGGAUGCAGCUUGACUACACGUGAUCGUAAUGGUAACACGCCACUUCAUCUUGCCUGCAAUCUGGGAGACUUGGAAUCCGUGCAGAGUCUAUUGAUGCCCAUCUCAUUUCAAGAGGCAUCACUUUUCCCAAAGCCUUGUCCUCCAGUUCAUGGAUCAUCUGUGGACUUUGAACUCAUCAACACGGAUGGACUGACAAGUUUGCAUCUUGCUGUUGCUGGAGGACACUUUGAUAUUGUUGAGUGCCUGCUGAUGUAUGGGGCUGAUGUGAAUGUGACUGAUGGUCUGUCUGGGAAAUCUGCACUGCAUGUCGCAGCUGAGAAAAAUUUUCCGCAGAUGUGCAAAUAUCUAAUUCAUUGCGGGGCUGAUCCUGAACUUGAGUCCUGGUCUGGGCUGACUGCUGCAGAUGUGGCCUUGCAGGCAGGAUAUUCUGAUAUUGUGGACAAAUUGUGUUGUCUGGGGAGCUAUACAACCAUUGACAGUGUUGAUUCAGAUGAAGAGGACUACAGCAGUGAUGAAGAACUAGCCAAUGGCAAACUAUGAGUGAAAUUGUUUUGUUUUUGUGCUUGUUUGUUGUCCAGGAAUCCUGUCAAAUUAAAAUUGUUCUCUUCUCGAAAUUUUCCUGAUCUGAACACUUUGUUCAGAAGAAUCACCAAACUCUGUUCGGGACUGGAGUUUUCAAGUGUAUGCUACAAACUGUGGACAUUCUGGCUGUGUGAUUAAAUAUUUGUUUUUUUUAGUCAUAGAUAAUUUCUUGCUUUCCAUAAUGCUAAUUUACACUUACUUAUUGUAAGAGUGAAUAAUUUUGAAAAAAUCUGAUCAUCUUUUUCCAACUAACAGGAUUCUUUUCUUCCAUUCAUACCAAUUUCACAGCAGCUAGUUUGUUUAAGUUUUGUUCUACUGUUUUCAAGGUGUUGAAGCUGGUGCAUAGUAACCAUUCAUUCUUGCACAAAGAUUGCGUAGUAGUUGGUUUUCUUUCAAUUUUUGUCAUGCAGCAGAAAUUCAUUUGUGAGAUCUUUUUUCUUCUAAAAAUAAUGAUCUGAUUGAGUGUGUGAGUCAGGGAACUCUGGAUAAAGCCAGUGACGUUUUUCUAUGUUCAAUUUUUCAAAGGGGGCAAGGGACUUUUUGCAGGAAGUGCCAUUUUUUCUCCUUUUUGACAGGAACAUUAAAACUGACAAGGAUGAUACAUGCAUUUUUCUUCAAAGAAUGACACUGGGGAAUUCCUUUCUGUGAAAAGUGUUCAGUCUCUCCAUGACACUAAAUAUUCUGUGGUUGUUGGCUUUCCCUGAG